UCCUUGUCCGCUUCUGGCCCGCAAAAGCGCAGAUAAGAAGCAAUACUCACCCUUGGCAUGCAGUUGCAUCGUCAAAUAGCCGUACAUGUCUAAUUAUUGCCUCCAGUACUCCCUCUGUAGAUCCUCCAUUUCUUGAACCUUAGAACUACGAAACCUAGGUUCCUUCUGCCUUAUCGACACCGAGUGACCGGGCCGACAACGGGCCCUACCGGCGAGAGCACUGAUCCAAACCACGAGCCCUCAUGCUGUCAUUCCAGCGCUACGGGAAUGCAGCUUAUCGAGAUGUUCCGGGAGUCUAUACUCACAUCGCUGACCCGAACGAGCGGCGGCGGAUGGCACUAGCAGAAGUUGACAAGGCUCCCUUUGGAUGGUAUCAUGUGCGACUGAUUGUGGUGACGGGAAUUGGCUUUUUCACUGAUGCAUAUAGCCUGUUCGCCAUUAAUCUGGCAUCUAUCAUGCUCGGUAUCGUGUAUUGGCAAGAUUCAAACAAUGGGGUAAUGCCGCACAAUACCGAUACAGCCAUCAAAGUCGCAACAUCCGCGGGUGCUAUCAUCGGACAAGUCAUUUUUGGGUUCCUUGCCGACCUCCUUGGACGAAAGAGGAUGUACGGUGUCGAACUGAUGAUCAUCAUCUCCGCAACCCUUGCCCAGUCUCUUUGCGGUUCAUCUACUGCCUUAUCAAUCGUUGGUGUGAUCAUCUUCUAUAGGGUGGUCAUGGGAAUCGGUGUAGGAGGAGACUACCCGUUGUCCGCUGUCAUUACUGCUGAAUUCGCCAGUACCAAGUAUCGAGGAGGCAUUGUUGCCGCUGUCUUCGCCAUGCAAGGUGUUGGCCAACUUGCCGCCUCACUGAUGGCGCUCAUCGUCAUUAUUGCGUACAGGGAUGAUCUGGAACCCAUCAAGUCUGUGGCAGACUGCACAGGCGGCUGCGCUCAAUCCGUGGACAAGAUGUGGCGUUUCCUGAUUGGCUUCGGGGGUAUACCUGGAUGGUUUGCGCUGUAUUAUCGUCUUACGAUUCCGGAGACCCCUCGAUACACUUUCGAUGUAAUGUACGACAUAGAGAAAGCUGCAGUAGAUGCCCGUAGGUACCGUUUUGGACGACAAGGCAACACCCUCAACGAUCUCCAGCGCGCGCAGUCUCGCCGAGAAAUGGCAAAGUAUCGGACCCCUCGCCCUUCGGUCAUGGAAGCUGUACGAUACUACACCCAGAAAUCCAAUGCUAUCAAGCUAUUCGGGACAGCAUUUUCAUGGUUUUUCCUGGACCUGGCCUUCUAUGGACUUGGUUUUUCGUCUGCUUCCCUGCUUUCGGUCAUGGGUUUCGACAAAAGUGGAAACGUCUAUGUGAAUUUGAAGAACACGGCUACAGGUCAACUUGUGCUUAUCUGUGCGGGUGCAAUUCCUGGGUAUUGGAUGACUGUCUUCACCGUCGACAAGUUAGGCCGAAGGCCCAUUCAAGUUGGUGGAUUUGCCAUCCUAACUAUCAUCUUCUGUAUCCUUGGAUUUGCCUAUAAUUCUCUUGAAAAACACCAUCUCCUGGCUUUAUACGUCCUCGCCCAGUUCUUCUUCAACUUCGGUCCUAACGCAACAACAUUCAUCACGCCCGCCGAAAUCUUCCCCACUCGCGUCCGCUCAACCGGCCACGGCAUCUCCGCCGGUCUGGGUAAACUCGGAGCCGUAAUUGCCCAGACCAUCUUCGCGCCCAUGAUCAAACGCGGCGCAACGUACGACAACCCAACGCCCUGGAUCCAUGGCGUCAUGCAGAUUUUCGCGCUCUUUAUGUUUUUGGGUAUGUUGACUAGUUUGCUGGUGCCAGAGAGUAAGAGACAGAGCCUGGAGGAACUAGCGGGGGAGAAGGAAGAUGUGUAUGAAUUGCAGUUUAGAAGUGGGUUUUUUAAUGGCGAUGAGCGGGGGAGGGGCAGGGGCAGGGGACACGGGAGAGGAAGGGGAGUGGAGGGGGGUGAGGAGUUGGAUGAACGGCAUCGGUGGUGGAAGUUGGGGUGA